UCUAUCCAACAACAUUUGUAUUCGAAAUGAUUUAUUUCCUGGGAAAGAUGACGGAAGGAUAACUUUUAAGGCCAGUGACCACUUCCUUCCACCUGACGUUCAAAUAACGUUUUUCCGGCAAACACAUUUUCGACAUAUAUAUAUUUAAAUGCUCCUUAACAACGCUUGUACAUAUAAGAAAAUACAAAAAUACACAUAAAUUUUCAGGAGACUACUUUUUGAUCAUGCACUUGUCUUGUUUCAAGACGAGACAUCCCUUAUUCUAUCUGCAUCGAUUUGAGUGAUGUUAGACUUCAGAUUGCAUGUUUAGAAAAUAAUGUCACAGCGAAAGUAUGCCAUUUCAAAUUUACUCAUUUAACAUUUAAUACAAUUGCACAUUUUAAUCUUGUCAAUUUAUAACAUAUUGUUCAUUUUAUAGCCCCAAAACGUGAAAGAACGGUUUCAAGGAUAUUGGAAAAAAGCUUAAGACACGGAUCAUUACUCCAGAUUAAAUAUAUGAAGAAAUGCUGCAUUUCAAAAUGUCAUUUAAAUGUAAACAUGGACAUGGCUCGUAGAUGUAGGGAGAUUUUAUGGACGAAGGAUUUUGAAUCUAGACACGAAUGGUUGAUACAGAAAUUAAGAGACGCAAAACAGAAUAAUGGAAAAUAUUUUUUAAUGAUUGAAAAUGGAUUGGGAAUAUGUUCAAAGGCAUUUUGCCAACUUUUUUAUAUAAGCAAAGGUUUCUAUUAUAAAUCAGUGAAAGAUUAUGAAAACGGAGUCUUGUCAACGGGUUAUCAAAGGCGCAGAAGUAAAACAUCACUCUACGACGAUGCUAAGUUUUGGUUAGAAGAAUAUGCGACUUAUCAUGCUGACCGAAUGCCCGAUUCAGAAGAUGUUAUGCUUCCCUACAAGACGAGGAAAGAGGGACUGUACCUUCGAUACAAAAGCGAAAGAGUAGAAAAGUUUCGAAACUUUUUCAGCAAGACAAGUUUCAUGCGUAUGUGGGCUGACAUGUUUCCCCAUCUUAAGAUUAAAAAGGUAAGCGUAAGAUUUAUGUUACAAAUUAACAAAAAGAAGUUCAUUCCAUUAGAAUUAUGUGCAACAUUAAUUCCAUUAUUAAAAAGCCCACCUUGUAAUUACAUUGCGAACUUUUAGGUUGGUGUGGAAAAUAUGGAUUUUUGCAAAUUUGAAAUGUAUACCACUGAAUAUUCUACUUAUUCUUACCUUAAUGACCUUUUGUACAAAAAUGAGAGGUGUAGACCUUAACUUUAACUGGGACCGAGUGCAAAACAUCCAACCUUCGUUCAAGGUAUGAUUCU